AUGAGCCGUCGUAUUGUUAACAACGAUCAAUCUCAAAAUGGUAGAAAUAGUGCUAAUGCAGUAUCUGAUUAUAAUAAUUUUGAUAAUCAUGAGUAUAGUAUCAGCAAUAGUUAUGACUUGGAAGAUCAUACUGAUAAAGAUAUUGAAAAAACUAUUCAAAAAUUUGAAAAAACUCUUUAUAUUUAUGGAGGUACUAACACAACAUGUUCUGAAGUUGUACAAAAUGUUUAUACAAUAUGUAAUGAAGAAACAAAUCUUGUAAAAUUACCACUAUUAAAUGAUCCUGGAUUCAAAUUUAUUUUAGAAAAAUAUGAAAUAUCUCAACUUUUUCUUGAAAAUAUUAUGAAAAUGGAAAUUUGUGAUGACAUAAAAUAUACUGAUAAUACUUUUUCUUCUACAACUCUUAGUCGUAUACAUGAUCUUUUGUUAGAUAAAAAAGUAAAUUUCUUCAAAAGAGUAGAACAAAUUUUAUACAUGGCUUUAAGAUAUUACCUUAUACAGUAUAAUGAAUCAUUUAACAGAGUUCAUCUUUUAAACUCUAUUGAAAAACAACUUUUGGAUAUUUUGAAUGCACCUAUUACUUUUGAAAUUAGAAAACUUUUGUUAACUAUUAUAAUAUUAAUUGCCACACAUCCAAGCAUUAAAGAACGAUAUAUGAUUGCAUCAGAACAUUUUGUAAAAUUAAUUUCUUACAAUGUUAUAAUGUUACACUACACUCCAGAAAUGAAUAAUAUAGUUAAAGAAACUAUACCAAAAGAUGAAGAAUAUGAAUAUAGAUUAAUGGUUAAAACAUUUAUUGAUGAGUUUUGUUGUAAUACUUCGUUUAAAAAACUACCAAAUUGUGUCUACGCUAUCAAUGAUUUUUUGGGAUUGUUUCAAAAUGUAUCAACUGACAUGGUUAAGGAAAUGUACUUUUUUGUCACUAAUUCUAACGUUAAUAAGAUUCAGUAUGAGAAAAAAAUGAAAAAAAUUGUAGCCCUUAUUAAAUGUCUUAAAAUGCCAUUAUUAAAUUUAUGUAAUCCUGCUAAAGCAAAAUGUCUUUAUAAAUGUUCAAGAGUAUUUGAAAUAUUUAAAUUUGUUACUAAGUUUGUAACUCUUAUUUGGGACAAUAAUGAUAUCAAAAAAAAUAUUUCAAAAAAUUCUUUUAAUAUUUCUACAAAAGAAAUUUUUGUAGAAAUAGCUUCAGCUGUACUUCCAAUUUGUAGUGUUCAGACUGAAAAUUAUCACAUGAAGAAAUGUUUUUACUUAGUAAGUAAAUGGAAAAGAAUUAUGAAUACACUAUUUGUAUUAGAAAAUCCAGAUGAUCAAUAUGAGAAAUUAACUUUAAAUUUCAAUUUAUACAAUAGUUUUGCUUUUUAUAAAGUCGAAUAUGAAAGACUUUAUAUAAAAUAUUGUCGAAACUUGGGCUAUAAAAUGUCUUUUGAUUAA